AUGGCUUAUGACUAUGACCCCAUGGCUCCAGACUAUGGCGAACUGCACAUCAUUGGUGGCACAGCUGUCCAGCCAGGAGCCUGGGCUGGGAUUGUCAGCAUCCAGGAUCCCUGGGAACCAGGCACAGGGCAUAUCUGUGGAGGGUCCCUCAUCAGCACAGAGUGGGUUCUCACAGCCGCCCACUGCUUCAUCAAUGCCAGGAACACCAACACAUGGCAUGUAGUGGCUGGGGCUACCCAGUUGACUCAGCUGGGCCCUGAGGUGCAAGUGCGCCAGAUUAAGCAGCUACGGGUUCAUGAACACUAUAUUCCUGGUGAGGAGAGGAACAACAUUGCCUUGCUGAAAUUGGACCAGCCUGUCAUGUGCAGCCACUACGUACAGCUGGGCUGUGUGCCUGACACCACACUGAAAGUGUCAGAGCUGGAAGCCUGUUACAUUGCUGGCUGGGAUACUAGUACUACAACAGCUCAAAGACCAAGUGACGUCCUGCAGGAGGCCAAAGUCCACCUCAUUGAUGUCCAGCUCUGUAACAGCAGCCUCUGGUACACAGGGGCCAUUCACACUCAAAAUUUGUGUGCUGGUUACUCAGUGGGUAGCAUCAACCCCUGCCAGGGUGUCAGCGGUGGUCCUCUGGUGUGCAAAGAUAACAAUGCUGCCUUCUUCUGGCUCGUUGGUGUGGCCAGCAGGGUAAAAGGCUGUGUGAGAGCAAACCAGCCUGGAGUCUACACCUCCGUUCAGCACUUCUAUGACUGGAUUCUGGUCCAGAUAGACCCGCAGCCAGACAGAAGAGUAUCAAGACAUUCUAUGACUGCCCUAACCCCCCCUCAGAAGCCAAGGCAAAUACCAACACCAUUGGACAGGUUUAGCUCCGGCCCAUUUUCACUCCAGAAGCUGGUGGAAUUUUUUACUCAGGUGAAGGAGGUCCUUCAGGUCCUAAGGAGAAAACUGGCUAGAGAAGCAGGAUAA